CAGCAAACAUCGUCUGCGACGCGUGCUCGCCGACGCCGCUUAGCCGUUUACGAGACGUGUCCGACAACGACGACGACUACGACGACGACGGCAACGUUCGAACCAGCCCGUUCGAUGUGUUUAUUUUGAUUUGGUUUGUUCCGUGUGUACGCGAACCGAGUGUGUUCUACCUGUGACCAAGCCUUCUCCCCGGCAAAGAACGAACCGGGAACCGGCGUGAACCCGUCAGUGUCCUGCCCAAGUCGAUAUUGUUGGUGGGCAAUGAAUCCGUCAGUGACCCGGUGCCGGUGCGUGUGCCCAGAAACAGCACGUGUGCGACUAGCAGGCGAAUAAACAGGCGAGUGUGCAGUGAUGAAACGCAAAAGUGAACCGGAAGCUGCUGCGAACGAGAAGCUUUCGGUGCAGAAUCGAGGCUCCGCGUGAAACGCGCAUCAAUUCCAGCCAAAUAUCGAGGGAGCAAAGGGCCCCGGAAACAAAAAGAAAAAAAACAGUUGCAGCUCAGCACGAAAAGAGCGCACCGAAAUCACGGCUUCUCGCGCGAACGCAACAACAACAGCAGUAGAAGCAGCAGCAGGAACAGGAGCAGGAGGCUUCGAGCAGGUGGCCACCACCUCCACCGUCGUCGCCCCUCCUGGCCACCGAAUGCAGCCGACCAUUCCGCAGAGCACGGGAGGCAGUGAUAUGGACCUCCCUGCCGUCCAGCCUAUGGAUUGGUUGUUCAAAAAGGAGCGCAUCUAUCUGCUAGCACAGUUCUGGCAACAGCGUGCCACGUUGGCGGAAAAAGAGGUAAACUCGCUCAAGGAGAAACUGUCGACCACGGACCGCGGAGUCAGCAACAACAACAGCAACAUCAACAUCAACAACAACAACAGCAUCAGCGUCAACGACGGUAACGGCAUGGACGUCACGGCUCCACCGCUUCCACCCUCCCUGUCCUCGACACUGCCAACAUCCCUGCCACUAGCUUCGACCAGCCCGACUCCGACGUCGUCACCGCCGAUGAUCGUCGAGCAGAACGGGAUCACUCCACCUUCUCCAUCGACGACUCCGGUGUCGGAGAGUGGCAGUAUCGGUGGCCACGGAGGCACUCAUCGUCGGGAAAACUCGAUAAGCCCGGAUGGAAAACACCGUGGAGGAUCACAAUCCCCGUUGGCGAUGUCCACGCGCUCUCGAACACCUGAAGUCGAUCGCAAGUUGCAGCUGGAGCUCGCUACGCUGACGCACACCAUCAACAACAACUGCAUCAGCAACAGCAACAACAACAACAACAACAACAACCACAGCAACAAUCGAUCGCCAUCGCCAGCGAGCGCGCGUGAAGAGAAGAUGGACUGCGAAAGUGUGAGUGUGCAUUCGAAAGGCAAAACGAAGGAGGGAUCCUUGCUCGAGGAUCGAACAGACGUUGAAGAGUGCCACAAAGGAACCGGCGAGAAGAUGACUAGCUCAAGUGACUCCAUCUGCAGCAGUGCCGGCACGGUAUCGCCUAACAAGGAUCCCAUCCUCGACAACCGAACGAGAUCGCUGACGGAAGAGCUGUCCGCCAAGGAUCGUGAGAUAUCGCUACUGUUCGAGGAAGUCGGCCGGCUGCGGACGGCCAUCGCCAACAUUCAGGAGUCGCACAACCUGCAGAUCCAGCGGCUAGAGGAUCGGCUGGAGGAAAAACGGCAGCACAUCGUACGGCUCGAGUCGCGCAUCGAAAAACAGCAGGACUUUGACGAUAUCAAAAAGGAAAAUAGUAUGCUAAGGUCGGUGGAUCUGAGCGCGUCGCACGAGUCGAAACAAUUCCAGGAGCUGCUUCUCGAACGCACCAAAGCGCUGGCGGCUCAAACCGAGGCUAUCAAGUCAUCGUCGACCACCUCCGAAGGAUCCCCACUCGCCAGCAGUGGUCCCAGCAGCGUUGGUGCCACCGGCAACACCGGAGACAGCUCCGCCGGAAGUGGACCUGCCCCCGUGCAGCCCACCCACCGAGCCCCCUCUCCCUCGAAUGCAAGCAACAGCAGCUGCAGCGUCAGCACGAGCUGCACCAGCCAAGCCUCUGUCACAACCUCCAGCAGCACUAGCGCGCCCUCUAGCGAGCCGGCCGUUGGCGAUCCGCACGAUCACACACACCGCAAAUCCCCAACUAACACCACCAUCGGCAGCAAUGCUUCGACCGAAAUUAACAAUAACUGCUCCAUCGCCCGGCCCGCAUCGACUCCGGCCGGUGCCGGGUGUCCUCCUCCACCGCCACAACCCCUGCAGCAUCCCCCUGCGCUUCCGUCUCGCUCUCCCCAGUUGUGUCCGCCGCCGACGGCAGGCGCCACACCGACACCGACGCCCGCAAGCGAUCCGAUGGUCGGGUUGAACUCCUUCCUGGCACCACCACUGCAGAACGUGGAGCAGUUCGGGUCCUUUCUGGGCGAGGAGCUCGUCAGCAGCUGGCGCCGAGGAGCGCUUGAUCUGCCGCCACCUCCACCGGGAUUGGCAGCCGCGGCCGCAGCCGCUGCCGCCGCCGCAGCAGCCGCCGCAGCCCGCAAUCCGGCCUUACUAAUGAACCACCACCACGUUGUUGUUAAUUCGCCCACGACAGAUCUGCCCGUGACGCUGGCACUCCACGGUGCGAGCCACGACCAGGAUAAGGCCAGCAGCCAUCACGAGAACUCGUCCUCAGCCAGCACGCCCAUCCUGCGGGAGGACUCUUCGCGCCACGACGAGCGCCAUCUGAAUGGCGGCGGUAGUCUCACGCCCAUGUCCAUCUCGAAGAGUCCGCUCGAGGAUAACAACAAUACGCUGGGGGCGCUUGGUCGCAUGGAUGGAGCCACCUCCGGCAACCUGAUACAGGGACUUCCGUUUCAGUUCCAAGAACGGGGGCACUUCCGGUUUGCCGACGCCGCCGACAUGCAGAUGCCACCGGGCUCGAUGGUGGGCCGACUCGGAGAUUCACUGAUCCCGAAAGGUGACCCGAUGGAGGCCAAACUACAGGAGAUGCUGCGUUACAACAUGGACAAGUACGCCAACCAGAACCUCGACACGUUGCACAUCUCGCGGCGCGUCCGUGAGUUACUCUCGGUGCACAACAUCGGCCAGCGGUUGUUCGCGAAGUACGUGCUUGGGCUGUCGCAGGGCACCGUGUCGGAGUUGCUGUCGAAGCCGAAACCCUGGGACAAGCUGACCGAAAAGGGCCGCGACAGUUAUCGCAAGAUGCAUGCCUGGGCUUGUGACGAGAACGCCAUCAUGCUGCUGAAGUCGCUCAUCCCCAAGAAAGGUGCAGAACCCGGCAUGCCAUCGUACGGUCGACCGGAUGGAGACCUCAGCGAAGACCGCAUGCAACAGAUCCUAUCCGAGGCUUCGAUGAUGAAGCGCGCUGAUCCACCAACGCCACAGCAACAGGCACACCACCAGCAGCAGAUGCGUGAGCAGCUACAGUUGCAGCAGCAUCAACUACAGCAGCUCCACCUCAGCGGAUUGGAUGACUCCACGCAGCACAGCGACAAUGACUCGAAAUCGCCACACAAUAGGGAUGUCCAUUCUCCCUUUUCCAAAGAUUUUCUCAGUGGGCGCAUCGGUAGCGCGGCGAGACCCAAGAAGUACGAUAACGACGACAUCCCGCAGGAUAAGAUCGCCAAGAUCUACCAAGAGGAGUUCUCUAAGCUGAUGCGCAGCCCGCGAGACUUUCCAAAUCUCUUGUUUCCACAUUUCCUCAGCGGCGGAAUGCCACCGAUGGAUCGUCUGCAGGAUGACAACAUCCGCAUGGCGCUGGAGGCGUAUCACCGAGAGCUGGCCAAGUUGCAGCAGAACGCUUCAACAACACUUCCAGGCAUGCCUAACCUGUCUUCGCUACCCAACUUUCUGGCGCUUCAGCACCAGCAGCAGCAACAACAUCAGCAGCACCAACAACAACAGGCGCAGUCUCCAUCUCAGGCGUCAACUCCAUCGCAACAAGCUGUUUCGACGCCUUCUCAACACGCGGUGACUGGGUUAAAUGGAGGUUCAGCGCAGGAUCUCUCGCUUCCAAAAGAUAAGCAAUCGUCGAAGCUAAACGGCACCCUCUCGGAUGGGGAAUCGGAUGCCGACAUCAGCCAGAAGGAGCUGGACGAGAGCAUGAAGCACAGUGCGUUCAGUUUGGUCAAACCGAAGCCAUCAGAUUCAUCCGGUCUCUGCACGCCAACGACUACUGCCUCGUCAGCGGCACCAAGCCCCAUCAGCAACAGCAUCCUUCCACCAACGAUCGCACCCUCAGACGAGUUCUCCGUGGCUGCAAGCCCUCUGCAACGGAUGGCAUCGAUCACCAACUCGUUGAUCACGCAACCACCGGUUACGCCACACCAUUCAACGCAACAACGUCCGCUGAAGGCCAUCCUGCCGCCGAUCACCCAGCAGCAGUUCGACUUGUACAACAACCUCAACACCGAGGACAUCGUGCGACGCGUGAAGGAAUCGCUCUCGCAGUACUCAAUAAGCCAGCGGUUGUUUGGCGAAUCCGUGCUAGGUCUAUCGCAGGGAUCGGUUAGUGAUCUACUGGCACGUCCGAAGCCCUGGCAUAUGCUUACACAGAAGGGUCGUGAGCCGUUCAUCCGCAUGAAGAUGUUCCUCGAGGACGAGAACGCCGUGCACAAACUUGUCGCCAGCCAGUACAAGAUCGCACCCGAGAAGUUGAUGCGUACGGGCAACUACAGUGGCACGCCCCAGCUGCCAGGAAUGCACCUUCCCAAGCAGCUGCCACCGACGAUGCCCAAGAUGCUGAGCGAUUCCAUCAACAAGCUGCAACAGGACCAGCAGAAAACGCUGCUCCAGCUUCAGAUCUCGCAGAUGCAGCAGCAACUUCCAACGGCUCAAGCAGCCCAAGCCGCAGCCCAACAUCAACAUCAGUUAGCAGCCGCUGCCGCUGCGGCAGCCGCUCAUCACGCAGCCCAAGUUCAUGAGGUGCAACGGCACAGUACGCAGCCACCGGUUGCCUCGCAACCAUCGCCAUUGGGCGCAGUUGGUUCGCAGCAAAAUUGCGCUUCUCAGCAGCGUUCUCAGCAACCCUCGCCACAAACGAUGUUGCUAACACCUCCAGGCAUACCGCCACAACACGCCAUCGCUCUGCAAGGACACGCUGGUUCGCAGGAGAAGAAACCUUCGAUCCUGAUGCCGAUCCACUCGCCAAUCCCGCAAGGACCUCCGGGUGCGACUGGUCAACACACAGCACCACCAGGGUCUGGACCUAACUCCAUGCGAGGUUCACUGCACCAACACAUCUCCCCGACGGUGUACGAGAUGGCGGCGCUUACGCAGGACCUAGACACGCAGGUGAUCACGACCAAGAUCAAGGAGGCGCUGCUGGCGAACAACAUCGGUCAGAAGAUCUUCGGCGAGGCUGUUCUGGGGCUGUCGCAAGGCUCAGUCUCUGAAUUGCUGUCGAAACCUAAACCUUGGCACAUGCUGAGCAUUAAGGGUCGUGAACCGUUCAUUCGCAUGCAGCUGUGGCUCAGCGACGCCAACAAUGUCGAACGACUGCAAGCACUCAAGAAUGAACGGCGUGAGGCGAGCAAACGACGACGUUCCACUGGCCCGGGUGGACAGGAUAACAGCUCCGACACCUCCAGCAAUGACACCUCCGAGUUCUACCACUCUAACUCACCCGGACCUGGCUCGGUGGGUUCGGCUGCUGCGCCACCCAACAAGAAACAGCGCGUUCUCUUCUCUGAAGAGCAGAAGGAGGCUCUACGGCUGGCUUUCGCACUGGAUCCCUACCCGAACGUGCAGACAAUCGAGUUCCUGGCGAGUGAGCUGGGUCUUUCCACACGCACCAUCACUAACUGGUUCCACAACCAUCGGAUGCGCCUGAAACAGCAGGUUCCCCAUGGUCAGCCGACAGAGCCCAUUCCAUCGCGCGAAAACCAAUCUGGAGCGCCCUUUGAUCCGGUGCAAUUCCGCGUACUUCUCGGCCAGCGAUUGAUGGAAAUCCAGAAGGAACGGCUGGGUUUGGGAGGCAUGCCACUGCCCUAUCCACCUUACUUCGCGGCCACCUCACCAGCCUCGAACCUAGCGGCGUUGAUCGGUCGCGGUUUCAUGCCGGGUAGUGAAGCGGAUUUGGCCGCUUUAAACAAGAGCAUCAGCGAACAGAUGAGUGGACUCGACCUCUCGAUGCCAUCUGCAUUGAAGCGUGAGGGUGAUGACGACUACGAGGACGAUGCCGAGCAUGAGGAGGACGGUCCGGGAGGAUGUGGCACUCUCAGUGACUCCGAAUCGUUGGAUGGUGGCGGUAAAGGACGAUCCGGUGAAGACGAUGACCUUCGAACGUCCUUGUCAUCGUUGGCGAGCUUACAGGCGAUGUCACGAAUUAGCCGCCGAAAACCCGCAGCCCCACAAUGGGUCAACCCGGAAUGGCAAGAUCCGGACAAGAAGGCAACAUCGGCACCAACGGCACCCUCCCACAUUCCCCCCGGCGGCAAAAAGGACACCACCGACGGCAUUAUCAACGGUGUGUGCGUACUUCAACCGCCAGAUGGCGUUCCGUCGGUGCAGCAACGCUUUGCCGCAGCAAUGGCAGCGGCCGCGGCAGCUGCAGUAGCGGCCGCGGCAGGAGCAGGAGCACCCGUGCCUUCGCGCCGACCCGCCGAUGAUCCACCGAGUGACGCCGAAAACGACGAAGACGACGGCAAAUCAACUCACUCGCGACACUCCAGCGGUGGUUACGGCUCUGACGGAAAGCUUGAUCGACGUCGAGCAUCCUCCAACGAGGAGUCUGAAUCAGAGGUUCCCGCAGACAGGACACGACCGGGUAGUGUGACCGCUUCGGGAUCCAUCCAGGAGUCUAACGGAAAUCGAUCAGGAGCAGCCAGCCCGGCAUCGAGCUCGGUGACGGUGAAGAAAGAGAUCCUCGAGGAGAACAAUGGCGAUCGAUGGGACACAUACUAG